AUGGGAGCGAUGCUGCCAACUGCCGUUCUGCUGGUCUUGGCAGUGUCCGUGGGCGCCAGAGAUAACAGCACGUGUGGGGGUCCCUGUGGGCUGCGGUUCGGGCCGAGCUCGCAAGGCGGCAUGCGGGUUGUCGGAGGGCAGACGGUGCCGCGCGGGGGCUGGCCCUGGAUGGUCAGCCUGCAGAUCUUCACGUACCACAGCCAGAGGUACCACGCAUGUGGGGGCAGCCUGCUGAACGCACACUGGGUGCUCACGGCCGCUCACUGCUUCGACAGCAAAAAUAAGGUGUACGACUGGAGACUGGUUUUUGGAGCAAAGGAAAUUGCGUACGGGAACAAUAAGCCAGUGAAGGCGCCUGUGCAGGAGAGAUAUGUCGAGAAAAUCGUCAUUCAUGAGAAAUACAACCCUCUGACGGAGGGAAACGACAUCGCUCUCUUGAAGAUCACCCCUCCCGUUUCCUGCGGGCGCUUCAUCGGGCUGGGCUGCCUGCCCUCGUUCAAGGCAGGGCCCCCCAAAGGCCCCCAGGUCUGCUGGGUGGCCGGCUGGGGAUACAUAAAGGAGAAUGCCCCCAGGCCGUCCCCUGUACUGCAGGAAGCGCGCGUGGAUCUCAUCGACCUCGACCUGUGUAACUCGACCCAGUGGUACAACGGGCGCAUCCAGCCAACCAACGUGUGCGCGGGGUAUCCCGAAGGCAGGAUCGACACCUGCCAGGGGGACAGCGGCGGGCCUCUCAUGUGCAAAGACAGCGAGGAAAGUGCCUAUGUGAUCGUGGGAAUCACAAGCUGGGGGGUCGGCUGUGCCCGUGCAAAGCGCCCUGGAAUCUACACGGCUACCUGGCCCUACCUGAAAUGGAUCGCGUCCAAGAUUGGCUCUAAGGCCCUGCACGUGAUUCAGCCGGCCCUCCAGCCCCACCCCAGCUCUCGGCCGCCUGCGGUCCCGUCCCACCCCUCCUACCCGACCUCUGCUCACCCCCCUUGGUAUUUCCAGCAACCUCAUCGGCCACCUGCAUACCGACCCCCCGCAGCCCCUCCCCGACCCCCAGUCCAGCAUCCGCCCCUGUCCCCACCCCAACCCUCACCUCCCAGUAAACCUCCCCAAGCACUUUCUUUUGCCCAGCGCCUCGAGCAGCUCAUAGAGGCCUUGAAGAGGAAGAGGCAUUUUGACACAAAGAGCUAUUAUGACACAGAGACCACAGAACUCCCAGAACUGACCACGGCCUCCUGAUCUGACCGCGGUCUCAACCGACCAGGGAACCCCUUACUCCUGAGAAAAAUGAAAGAUGAAAUAAAUAAAUGAACAUAUAUAGAUAUACAUAUACAUAUAUAUGUAAAUGUAUACACAUGUAUAUACAUGAAGAGAUGCUUUCUGGACUGGUUCCUAUUUGCC